AUGGGCUUCCAACUACAGAGAUCGGUCGUAGAGGAGCACGGAUCCCCGGAGACGUCUGCAACUCCGCCACCGCCGCCACAGCAAAAGCCGGCCGUCGUGCCGUUCCGACCAAGCGUUGCUGUUAUAGUGGUCGUGCUCACCACCAUGUUCUCCCUCACAUUUCUUCUGCUUCUAUACGCCAAGCACUGCCGAAGACAGGCGGCGGCGGCUGCGGCCGCCUCCGCGGCCGCCAGUGGAGGGGUCGGAUUAGUGGCGCUUAGCGGGACGGCGGAGGAUCGGACUUCUGGGGUGGAACGUGCGGUGGUGGAAUCUUUGCCUGUUUUUCGGUUCGCCUCGCUGAUGGGGGAGAAGGAUGGGCUCGAGUGCGCGGUCUGCUUGGGCCGGUUUGAGGCGGAGGAGCUCCUCAGGCUUCUUCCUAAAUGUCGCCACGCCUUCCACGUCAACUGCGUUGACGCCUGGCUCGAGUCUCACUCCACAUGCCCACUCUGCCGCUCUCGCAUUCAUCCUGAGGACGUUCUCCUCCUCCGCCGCCCCGAUCCGAUGCCGCCGCAGGUGUCGUCUGUAGCGGCGGCGGCGCCACCCGCUCGGAGAGUCUCAGGCAGGCACUCUUCGGCUGGAGAGAAGACAAGCGGAUGCACCAUUGUUGUAUCAACGGAGAGGCAGAGAAAAGACGGGCUUUUGCUGUCGGCGGCGGCAGAGGGGGAGGGGGACGGUGGGCGGUAUAGUCAUCGGGUGGUGUUCUCUGGAGGAGGAUCUCAGGAAAGGUGGAGUGAUUUGCGGCCGUCGGAUCUGAUGUUUUUGAGGUCGGAGACGACAAUCACGGGGAGUGGGAGGUUCUCUGCAGCGGCGGGGGCCGGUGGCGGGGCCCGGGUUGGGCCGAGAAAUGCAGGGGUGAUUACAGGUGUGAGCCGAACCGGUGCGACGGAGGACCGGACAAUGCGGAGGUGGCUCGGGUUCGCAACGAAGCGGACGGCGGGGUGGCUCGGAGGGGGGAGCAGUGGUUAG